CCAAAUCCUCUGCGGGCAUAGAGGCCUCAACGCAUACACUUUCGAAAGCAAUCCAGAGAAGGAGAGAGCCAAAGGGAUAAAUGGGGAGGUGGGCGAUAGCGGUGCAUGGUGGCGCUGGUGUGGACCCAAAUCUCCCACAGCAGCGUCAGGAGGAGGCUAAACAACUCCUCACUCGCUGCCUCAAUCUAGGCAUCUCCGCUCUUCGCUCUAAUCUUCCUGCCAUUGAUGUCGUUGAACUCGUUGUCAGAGAACUGGAAAGCGAUCCUCUGUUUAAUUCUGGGCGAGGAUCUGCCCUAACUGAAAAAGGAACGGUGGAGAUGGAAGCCAGCAUUAUGGAUGGACCCAAUAGAAGAUGCGGUGCCGUAUCUGGCUUAACCACUGUUAAAAACCCAAUUUCCCUUGCCAGACUUGUGAUGGAGAAAUCUCCCCAUUCGUAUCUCGCCUUCUCUGGUGCAGAGGAAUUCGCCAGAAAACAGGGCGUGGAAUUGGAGCAAAAUGAUUACUUCAUCACCGAGGAUAACGUGGGGAUGCUGAAAUUGGCAAAGGAGGCCAAUUCCAUCCUGUUUGAUUACAGGAUUCCUCUGAAGACAUGCAGCGCCGGCGCUGCUGCGGCCAUGGAGAGUCCCUUGCAAAUGAACGGUCUUCCAAUCAGCGUGUACGCACCGGAGACUGUUGGUUGUGUGGCCGUGGACAUGGAGGGCCGUUGUGCUGCUGCGACCUCAACAGGUGGGCUAAUGAACAAAAUGACCGGUCGCAUAGGUGACUCGCCCCUGAUUGGGUCUGGGACCUACGCGUGUGAUCUCUGCGGGGUUUCAUGCACAGGGGAGGGUGAAGCCAUCAUCCGUGCGACUCUAGCCCGAGAUGUAGCGGCUGUGAUGGAGUACAAAGGGUUGGGGUUGCAAGAGGCAGUGAAUUUUGUGAUAAAUGAGAGGCUUGAUGGAGGGAAGGCAGGGUUAAUAGCGGUGUCUAGAAAUGGAGAGGUGGCUUGUAGGUUUAACACUAAUGGGAUGUUCAGGGGAUGUGCUACUGAAGAUGGGUUCAUGGAGGUUGGCAUCUGGGACUAAGUUUAAGUUUGCUUUUUGCUUUUUGCUUUUUGCUUUUGCUUUUGUUUUGGCGUGUGUUUGUGGGGGUAAAGCACUCUUCUGUGCUCAUUUAGCGAAACCACAAAUAAAAUUAGCAGUAACCAGAAAAGAAGCUUUUUGAAAUAAGUUUGUCCUGUAUCACACUUGAUCCAAUCGAAGAUAUUCAUAUCUUGCUUUGGUUAUUAA